AUGUCCAAUUGGCGUCAAGACUCCAAGGUGUUUGACUUUCCAGAGAGUUUCACGCGGAACUACGAGCGAAUGGAGAGGGAAUUGAAGGUCUACAUCUACCGAGACAGAGACCCCGGCGCAUACUUUCAGUCGCCGAGGGAGCUGAAGGGGCUGUACGGCAGCGAGGCCUACUUCUUCAAGAAUAUAAAGGAGAGUCGCUUCCUCACCACUGAUCCUCUUCAGGCUCACCUCUUCUUUAUCCCCAUUUCUUGGCAUCAAAUGCGCACCCAGGGAACAAGAUAUGAGAAUAUGACCGUUAUAGUUGAGAAAUAUGUGGAGAGGCUAAUCUCAAAGUACCCCUAUUGGAACCGAACUCAGGGUGCUGAUCAUUUUUUUGUGAUAUGUCAUGACAAUGGUGUGGAGGUUGCUGAAGGAGUUCCAUUGCUCAAGGAGAAUUCAAUUCGACUUGUUUGUCCGGCUAGCUAUGAUUCUCAUUAUAUUCCAGACAACGAUAUUGCCCUUCCUCAACUAAAACAAUCAUUUUCUUGUUGCAGCCCAAAUGGAGGAAAUGCCCUGCGUAAUAAUAGGGCAGCCACUAUGGAACGUCUAUGGAAGGAUGAAUCUGAACGUGUGUGGAAUGAUACUGUUGAAGGGGCACCCACUAUGGAACGUCUGUGGAAGGGUGAAUCUAAACGUGUGUGGAAUGAUACUGCUGAAGGAUACCUGCUAGUUGAUGACAAAAUUCACAAGACAAAGUUCUGCAUAUGCCCUCUUGGAUUCCCGCCCAAUACUGCCUUCAUAGCAGACUCCAUCCGUUAUGGAUGUGUUCCUGUUAUUUUUACAAGCUACACGGAUUUUCCAUUCAAUGAUAUUCUUCACUGGAAUAAAUUUUCAAUAGUACUGGACGAGAAAGAUGUGUACAAGGUUAAGCACAUUCUUAAUGGCAUACGAGAUGCAGAUUUCUCCACAUUGCAAAACAACUUACUCAAGGUCCAGAAGCUCUUCGAAUGGAACUCACCUCCACUCAGAUUUGAUGCAUUCCACAUGGUCAUGUACCAUCUCUGGCUGUGGCUUUAA